AUGAGAAGAAUAUCUUUUUUCGAACAAAACAAAUAUAUUACUCUUCAAGAUAUAAUGUAUAGAGAAGCAGUAGGAUGGGCUUUUACCGCUCUUUUGGUUUCCAGUUCUCUAGUAGGCACGUUCUCUUAUCCAAAUGUCCAAAUUAACUCCAGGCCAGUAUCUUCUGACGCAGCUGAAUCACCGUUAGAAGCACGUAACUUCUAUCCAGUAAAAGGCCCCAGAGACCUGCCACAAUUCCAGAGAGCGGAAAGAAAAUUCGCAGAAAAACCAAAUGCAAUUAAAAAAGUGGCUUUAGAUCGACUGGAUGAUGUCGAAAGUAAUUCCAUUGGAGACAGCAGUGAUAAUGGUCUUGCCAGUGGAGGAGGAUUCUCUUGGUCAAAUCUUUUAGGUAUGUUGAUGCAGAUGAUCUUCAACCCCGGAGGCAACCAAGGUCCCAACAAAUCUGACGAUCUAGACACUGCUCCCGUCCCAACAUCCCCAUGGGCCAACUUACUUUCAGUAGGUCUGAAAAUCCUCACUGCAAUAUUGGGAGGUGGAAACACAGGAGGAGACGGUAUCGACAAAGUAGAUAAUGGAAAUUCUCCAAUGCAGUUACUUAGUUUAUGUAAAUAUAUAGUUAAAAAUGGCACUAGUAGUAGCUUAAACAUUGCACAGGGUGUUCUGGCGGCCGUAGUAGAAGCUGUUGUGGGAGACAGAGAUCCUGAACAAGUUAACAAGAUUGCUAGACAGGCUGGUGAGUUCAUCAACAUCGUGGUCAACCUUUUGGACGCCCUAAAGACCUCAUUCUCCCACCGUUCCCUCCAAGCCAGAAGUCUCGGCAAGAAAGACUCAGUCAGUGAUGCCGCAGUAGCAAGUCUUUCCAUGAUGAAAGGUUACAUGAGGUCGUUGUCAACCGGAGACACCAAGUGUAUGGAGAGAUAUGUAUGCCAAGCCAACAUUACGCUAUUAGCUACGUUAUGGAAAAAUCAUUGGGAUCUUCAUUCGACGUCUUCUACGAAGCGGGAAGAAGAGGAAGAUACGGUGAUAACUGCCAAGAGAAAUAUUUAG